AUGAGUAGCACGCUCGUGCAGCCUACCAAGGCUAACAUUGGCGUCUUCACAAACCCGGCGCACGAUCUCUGGAUCCACGAGGCGACCCCAGCCCUCGAGAGUGUUCAGAAAGGAGACACCCUGAAGCAUGGCGAGGUUACUGUUGCCGUCAAGAGCACAGGCAUCUGCGGGUCGGAUGUGCACUUCUGGAAGCAUGGCUGCAUCGGUCCCAUGAUUGUCUGCGGCAACCACAUCCUCGGGCAUGAGUCGGCAGGACAGGUCAUUGCUGUGCACCCAUCCGUCACUCACCUCAAGAUUGGAGACAUGUCCUACGAGGACGGGUCCAUGUUGGAGCCUCUCAGUGUCGCGCUGGCGGGCAUUCAGAGGUGUGGGGUCAAGCUCGGCGAUCCGGUGCUGAUUUGCGGCGCCGGCCCCAUUGGCCUCAUGACACUGCUCUGCUGCAAGGCGUCUGGAGCUUGCCCGAUUGUCAUUACUGACAUUGAUGAGGGCCGUCUCAAGUUUGCCAAGGAGCUUGUGCCCGAGGUUAUCACCCACAAGGUCGAGAGACUGAGUGCCGAGGAUGGAGCCAAGUCCAUUGUGCAGUCCUUCGGCGGCAUCGAGCCUGCCGUCGCGAUUGAAUGCACCGGUGUCGAGAGCAGCCUGGCGGCGGCCAUCUGGGCAGUCAAGUUUGGCGGCAAGGUCUUUGUCAUUGGCGUCGGCAAGAACGAGCUCAACUUCCCCUUUAUGCGCUGCAGCACGCGCGAGGUCGACCUCCAGUUCCAAUACCGAUACUGCAAUACGUGGCCGCGCGCAAUCCGGCUGGUGCAGAACGGCGUCAUCGACAUGAAGAAGCUGGUCACCCAUCGAUACAAGCUUGAGGACGCGCUCGAAGCGUUCAAGACUGCGGCCGAUCCGAAGACGGGAGCGAUCAAGGCUGCCGAGGGCGCCAAAGAGGCUGCCUCCAAGACCUCCUCGACCGCCCAGGAGGCCGCUUCCAAGGCUUCUGCCGCUGCUCAGGACGCUGCCGCAAAGGCGUCCGCGAGUGCCAAGGACGCUGCUGCCAAGGCCUCUGCCGCCGCCGCUGAGUACACCUCCAAGGCGAGGGAGGGUCUCUCCAAGGUCACCUCUUCCGCUGGCCCGGCCAUCACCGGCGCUGCCACAAAGGUUGCCAGCUCGCUGAGCAAGGUUGGUGGUCGUACUGGCCAGACCGUCACCCUUGUUGAGAAGGCCAUCCCCCAGAUCGUCUACUACUCCAAGGUUGCCCUUGAGGUUGGCAAGAUUGUCUUCCACGGCCAGAAGAUGGCUCCUCCCGCCCUCAAGACCGUCCAGAACCCCAGUGCUCUUCUCCAGACUGCGUCCAAGGGCGCCCAGCAGUCCGCGACAUUACUACAGCAGGUUCGCAACAUCAACCGUAACCAGAUCAUUGCUGGCGGCGUUAUUGCCGCCGAGGUCCUCGGGUUCUUCACUGUUGGCGAGAUGAUCGGCCGUUUCAAGAUUGUUGGCUACCGUGGCGAGUCCGGCGCUGCCCACCACUAA